GGCUCCACGUGAGCUGAAACGUGAGAGGACGGGGACUUCCUCCGUCUACUUCUACUUCUUCUUCUUCUUGAAAACAAUAACAAUAACAAGAACAGCUGUUUCAACGUUGACUGACAUGUUGUCUUCUACUGUCCUGUGUCUCCUGCUCCUCCUGCUGCUCUCUGCCUCUGCAGAGACGCUGGCGGUGACGCCGGGGCAGGACGCUGCUCUGGGGUGUCAGGCUCUGGAGGACGGUCCCGUGUCUCUGCUGGAGUGGACCCGCGAAGACCUGCAUGACACCGGCUACGUCUUCUUCUACAGAAACCAGCGCGCCUACGAGAGGUACCAGCACCCGCGCUACCGGGGCCGGGUGGAGCUCAGAGACCCGGACAUGAAGCACGGAGACGCGUCGGUUGUCCUGAAGGACGUCGGCGUCAACGACACCGGGACGUACGACUGCCGGGUCAUAAUCGCCGGGGACAACGAGAUGCCGUCCUCGGAGACCAGGCGGCUCGUCAACCUGACCGUCACCGAGCCCGAUCCUCCAGCUGGACCGGAGGCCGGGGACACUGGACUCGUGGUCGGGGGGGCAGUCGCUGGAGUCCUCCUCCUUCUUCUUCUCCUCUCUGUUCUGGGUGUAGUCCUCUGUAAGCGGCGUGGCGGUCCCGGGAAGAGUCGUCCCUACGAACCACCGGCGCCUGACACCAACGAGGAGACCUGACGUCCUCCUGCUCAAAGAGUCCGUCCACAAAAGACAGACGUGUCCAAUAAGAGUCGGGUUAGUCCCCGUUGCAUCGUCACCUCGGCCGUUUGGGGCUCCUUUAUCG